AUGAUUAUGGCAGAAGUGCUGGAGGAAUGGGAGGCCGCACAGCGAGUACCCCUGCCUGCGACCAUUAACUUUGCCGCCAAACACAGCUCACUUACAGCGGAGCCGACCAUACACGUACAUUCUGCAGUGCGGCAGCCCCGAAGAGGAAAUAAAGGAGACACCCAGCAACAAGCCAUACUACCUCUCACCAACCUCCAGAGGCACAAAUGUGGCAGGCCUACCCUGAUGGGGCUACAGCCCAAGGGUCACUAACAAGAGGCUCACAAAGCCACCGUGGAGGACACUAUCAUACCAGCAGCUGGCAUGGGCUAA